GGCGACGCGCUAUCUAUUUUGAACGCGCGAAGUUGCGCACGGCUGGCGGAGUGUUUUGGCAGUAUUUGUUGUCCCCCGCGGCGUGUGGCGCGGCGCGUGUGUGGCGCGUGUGGUACCGGGCAGCUGGCGCUCCGCAGAUAGAGCCGUGUGAUGACGCAGCCCGCCCGGAUUUCCUGAACAGAACUCGGGUCAACGGGCGGCUUUCAAGUUCGCGGAUACCGUACCUUAGCUAACGUUAGCUAGCGUUAGCCCGCGCGUUGAAGAAUGCCCAAUUUUUGCGCGGCGCCAAACUGCACCAGGAAGAGCACCCAGUCGGACUUGGCGUUUUUCCGCUUUCCGAGGGAUCCGGAACGAUGCCGAAUCUGGGUAGAGAACUGCCGGCGGGCAGAUCUUGAGGCAAAAACAUCAGACCAACUCAACAAGCACUACAGAUUGUGUGCUAAACACUUUGACCCUGCGAUGGUGUGCAGAACUAGCCCCUAUAGAACAGUAUUGAAGGAUACAGCUAUCCCAACCAUAUUUGACUUGACAAGUCACCUAAGAAAUCCCCACACGCGACAUCGCAAGCGAAUUAAAGAACUGACUGAAGAAGAUGUACGGAAAAUUAAGGAAAGGAGAUUGGCAUCUUCAAUUGAACAGUUGAUUUCAAAAAAAGACACAACUGCUGAAGAUGGAAACAAUGAGGAUGAACCACAGCUUUCUACCGAGGAAAGAGAAUUCCGUGAUUACCUGAGGUCCCUGUUUGAGGUUGUUGUCAUGAUGGGUAAGCAGAACAUCCCACUGGUGACAAACAAGUCACCUGAGACUCCACAUGACAAUGGUAAUUUCCAGGCCCUUCUGCAUUACCGCAUGAAUGCCGGAGAUGCUGCCUUGAGGAAGCGGUUUGAGGCUACAGCUGUAAACGCAGAGUACCUCUCGGUGGUUCAACAGAGCCAGCUGCUGGACAUCUGUGAGAACACAGUGAGAGAGGAGAUACUCAUGGAGGUGAGGGAGAGUCGCUUUUUCUCUCUGGUCACGGGUGACCCGGUUGAAUUUGCAGAUGAGAAACUCCUACCUCUGUUCUUGCGCUUUGUGAACCAGCGCAAUGUCCUUAGGGAGGAACUUUUGGACUUCGUGUCGUUCGAAAGCGAUGAGGCCUCCCUGGUUGAGCGGCUGGAGGCCCAGCUGACGGAACGUUGGGGGCUGAGUAUGGAGGACUGUCGCGGACAGGCCCACAAGGCCACCGGGACCUCUGCCACCAAAAUGAAAGCUGUGGCAGUGAUACUGAUGGAGAAGUACCCCCUCGCGCUCCACUUGCCUUGCUCUACUACUGCGCUGAACAUCCAUCUUGCCAACAGUCUGCCUUUCCCCAGCAUCCAGAUAGUCAUGGAAACCGUCAGGAAGAUAAGCAUUUUCUUUGGGAAGUUUGCCACUCAGGCCGAGCUACAGAAAUCUAUCUCCGCGUACUUCGAAGAAGAUGAUGUAAAAGGAACUGCGCUGAAACGAGCAUGCAGCUCAAACUGGACAGAACAACACAACGUCUUUGAUCUGAUGGUAGACAUGCUGCAGUCCCUGUUGCUUUGCAUGGACAGCGUCUGGCACAAUGAAAAUGCAACAUUUACUGCCGAAGCUGCAGCAGAUGCUUAUUCAAUAACAGAAACCCUGGCUGACUUUGAGAUGAUAGUUACCAUUGUUAUCUUAAAGAAUGCCCUCUCAUACACCAGAGCCUUUGGCAGGAACCUCCAGGGAGAGACACUUGAUGUGUUUUUUUCUGCCAACAGCCUAAUGGCUGUUCUGCAUUCACUGAAUGAGGUCAUUGAUAACAUUGAUGUCUAUCAUGAAUUCUGGUUUGAGGAGGCUGUGAAUUUGGCAGCUGCAUUGGACAUUCCAGUAAGUGUACCCAGGCUAUUUGUUAGGAAACAGCGUGCAGCCGAUAUGAGUGAAAUCCAAGCAGAGGCAUACUUUAAAGAAUAUGUGACCAUCCCUGUGGUUCGUGGUAUCAUCCAAGAGGUUGAGGACAUCUUCUCUGACACCAACCUUAAAGCCCUCAAAUGCCUGUCGUUGGUCCCUGCCGUCAUGGGUCAAAUGAAGUUCAACACGUCUGAAGAGAACUGUGCAGACUUUUAUCAGAGUGACCUACCCAACCCAGACACUCUUCCUGCCGAACUGCACUGCUGGAGGAUCAAGUGGAAGCACAGGGGCAAAGAGGUGCGAUUGCCUGCAACUAUCCACGAGACCCUUCAGCUUCCAGAUGUGAAGUUCUUUCCAAACGUGAACUCCUUCCUCAAGGUUCUCUCCACCUUACCAGUACUGAAGCUGGAGGACGGCAACUCUGAGAUGGCAAACAACCGGCUGCAGGCUUACCUUGACGGCACGCCUGUCAGGUACCGCAGCAAGAGCCUGGCCGUGCUCAGUGUAAAUGCCAAUAUCAAGCAUGACCUUGAUGUCAUGGUGGACAAAUACUGCAGAAUGUACCUAGAGGAUGAGCCUGAGCCUGAGCCUGAGCCUGAGCCUGAGCCUGAGCCUGAGCCUGAGCCUGAGCCUGAGCCCGAGCCCGAGCCCGAGCCCGAGCCUGAACCUGAGCCUGAACCCGAACCCGAGCCUGAGUCCGAGUCCGAGCCCGGACCUGAUGUUGAGGUGAAACCUGAAAUUAAAACUGAAUCUAUGUCUGUGGUUGAGGAAGAUGUUGCGAUGACAUGAUAUGACACACAUCAAGCCUGAUAAUUGUCAGUCGGCAGGACAAUUUCAGUCUCUUGAGUCCCGGGCAACUUUGUCAGUAUCUUGAUUUUAGAUGGAAGUUAAUUGAAUCAACUUCACAUGAUUUCCAAAAAAGAAAAAAAAAUUACUAUUGGCUAAUUAUGUGUAAAUACUGGUACUAUAGAGUAAUUCACUUUGAUUCAAAGUAAUUUUGUUACUUAACAAAAUGUGCAGAAUAGGAAUGUGCCCUUUUAUAAUCGACACCUGAGAAGGAUUGUACACAUGGUCUAUUAAUUUGUCCUCAUUCUUGGUUACACUGUUUAAUGCGUAGAAAGUAAAGCCACUGAUGUCCAUGUUUAUAACAAAUGCAUUUUCUAGCCUCAUUUUGUAUGACUGGUAAGGUUUCUUCCUUUUUCUUGAUAUUAAAUGUUUUUCCCCA